AAGCCAGGGGAUCAGAGUGACUCUUCCAUCCCAACGGUGUAGCAGGGAGACAUCCUUUUGUCAGCUAGUCAACUGUUUUUUGGCGGUGUUUGUUUGCAAAACAACUGGUCACCAUGCCCACUGACGCUCAAAGCGAUGCUCGCUCCUUCCUCACGGAGGAGAUGAUUGCAGAGUUCAAGGCCGCCUUCGACAUGUUUGACACUGAUGGCGGUGGUGACAUCAGCACCAAGGAGCUGGGCACCGUGAUGAGGAUGUUGGGACAAAAUCCAUCCAGGGAGGAGUUAGAUGCCAUCAUUGAGGAAGUGGAUGAGGAUGGCAGCGGUACCAUUGACUUCGAGGAGUUUUUGGUCAUGAUGGUGCAACAGUUAAAGGAGGACCAAGCUGGAAAGAGUGAAGAGGAGCUUUCGGAAUGCUUUCGUAUUUUCGACAAGAACGGUGAUGGAUUUAUCGACCGAGAGGAGUUUGGAGACAUUCUGCACAUGACCGGUGAAGCUGUCACAGAAGAAGACAUUGAUGAGAUGUUUGGCGAAUCUGACAAUAACAAGGAUGGAAAAAUUGAUUUUGAUGAGUUUCUGAAGAUGAUGGAGAAUGUCCAGUGAGGACCACAUUCCCUGGUGACCCUCCUUUAGCUUUAACUAAGCAGAUCACAUAGUUUUGAUUUGUAGAUUUGAUUUGGCAUCAUUUUGAUCAGGGGUUAAAUGCCUUACCUCAUGCUGCACUCAUUGGAAGCCCUCAGGCCUGGCGAGAAAGUCUAAAAAUAUCUGUCCAACCUUUUUAAGACGAAGACACUUUCCCAUAGCUGGUCCUCAGCUGUCUCUUCCUUGGCAGCUGCUGCUCCUCCUGACAUGCUACACCAUGCACAGUAUUCCCUUCAAACCCCCAGACUCCUCUUCUGCACACCUAUUCCGUGCUGUCCUUUGAAAUAAACCAACCUUUCACUCAUGAUUGCUCAAUUAUUGUUGCAUGCCUAUUUGUUUGUGUUGUGUUCAAUAGCAACGCUCAACUCAUUAAAACCUAAGUACUUGUAAAA